AUGUCCACGUGGAAGAAGUUCUUCAAGUCGAAGGGCGGCUCACAUUUGAGCGGGUGGGGCAACAGCAGCAACGGAAAUAGCAGCAAUGGUAGUAAUAGUGCGGAUAAUGGAAGCACGAAUAAUAAUUCCAGCAUUCAUGAAAGCAGCAUUCACAACAAUGACAGUGGAAACGGCAGCGGCAGAGUAGGAACCCCCGUUUCGUCGAUUUCGGGUGCCGAAUCAGGCAGCAGCUCGUCGCCAGUGCCCAAAAGAGCCUCGCAGGCCACUUUGAACAAGGCAAUGCAGAAGAUGACUUUGGAGCCGGAAGUAAUUACGAAAAAUCUGGAAAGCACGGAUCCGGUGAUGGCAGAUGGCCCGGGGGAGUUUGGCGACGAGCCGGCGGAACAGAAGCACGCGGCAGUGUCGUAUCCACCCGGCUUACUUACCGUGAAGAUAUACUCUUCGAGGAAUUUGGAGAUUCCGGUGCCCAUGCGUGUCAAUAAGCAGAUUCUGGGCAAACUUGCCAGUUUGGGAGCAAAUGUGGACACACAAGAGAUGCAGACGAAGAUCGACGCGCUGAACGAGACGCUCGACGCGGCUGCCAGCACGAAUCUCUCGUAUUUUCUUCCUUCAACGUUGAAAAUCGGGUCUGGAGAGUCCAGAAAGCCGGAAUCAGGCGAAAAAUCGGCAGAUGCAGCAAAGCCGAUCAUCACCACCUACAGCUUGGUCUACUCGGUGGUGGAGGUCGAGAACAGCAGUGAGAGAAUCAGCUCUGUUGGCAACACGAUCGCCAGUACCCGUUUUAACAGUGUGACGACUUUUGAUGUGAGUUCUCCUCGCACAGCCACAGUGGCUGUGCACGUCUAUGUGCGAAUUCCGGGCUCUUUGCUGGAGUCCAACAAGCAGGAAGACUAUCUUUUGGGCACAGUGAGGUGGGAUCUCGCCUCAAGUUUGCAGAAAUUGCAGGAGAAAGGUCAGAAACUUGGGCUGGACGGAAAUAGUGGAGGAAGACCAGUCUCGAGACUCCUAAACCACGCCUGGCUCCACUUGAUAAACCCGUACACCGACAAGGAGAUCUCGGGCACGGUCAACAUCACGUUGGACUUCAAGCCUCUGUCGAAACACGCGAAACGCGGAAUGAGCAUCGAGGAUUUCGAUCUGCUCAAGGUGAUUGGUAAGGGGUCGUUUGGCAAGGUUAUGCAGGUGAGAAAGAAGGAUACGGGCAAGAUAUAUGCCCUGAAGUCGAUCCGGAAAGCACACAUUGUGAAUAAGAUGGAGGUGACGCACACUUUGGCGGAGAAAUUCGUCCUGAGCCGUGUCAAUUCACCGUUUAUCGUCCCGCUCAAGUUCGCAUUCCAGUCCAGCGAGAAAUUGUACCUCGUCUUGUCGUUUAUAAAUGGAGGGGAGCUCUUCUACCACCUGCAAAAAGCACGCAGAUUCCCGCUGAUAAGAGCCAAAUUCUACAUUUGCGAGCUUCUUUCUGCCAUCGAGACUUUACACUUCAUGAAUAUCGUCUACCGUGACCUCAAACCGGAAAAUAUCCUCUUGGACUACCAGGGCCACAUCGCCUUGUGCGAUUUUGGCCUCUGCAAGGUCAACAUGCGGCUCGAUCAAAAAACUAACACGUUUUGCGGCACUCCCGAGUAUUUGGCACCCGAAUUGCUUCUGGGUAAGGGUUAUACGCGAGCAGUCGACUUCUGGACGCUUGGCAUUCUUUUGUACGAGAUGUUGACCUCGCUUCCACCUUUCUAUGACGAGGAUGUCAACGUUAUGUAUCGGAAAAUCCUAAAUGACCCGCUAGUCUUCCCAGCUGGCUUUGAUAGCACCACUAAGGACCUAAUAACGAAGCUUUUGGUGCGCGAUCCAACCAAGAGAUUGGGUUUCCACGGUGUUUCUGCCAUCAAGACCCAUCCAUUCUUUAAGGAUAUCGACUGGAAUAAGCUCAACAGUAAGGGCUACAUUCCUCCUUACAAACCUCAGGUCAAGGACUCUCUGGAUAUCUCCAACAUCUCCUCUGAAUUCACCAACGAAAAGCCGAUGGACUCUGUUGUUGAUGAUUAUCUUAGUGAGUCUGUGCAGAAGCAGUUUGGUGGAUGGACUUAUGUUGGAAGUUUCAAUGGUCCCGAGAGUAGUUAG